AGAGCGGCCACUCUUGCACUUGUCAUGGAAUUAAAGAAAACUACCUCCAGGCCGUACCAUGCUGCUCUCCUGCUGCCACUUUUCCUCUUGUUUUGGGGAGCUUCACGCUCAGAAAAUGACAGUGGCUGUUCCUCGUCCCCGUGUGAGAAUGGGGGGAGCUGUAAGGAUUUGGAGGUAGGAUACCAGUGCACGUGCCCUGUGGAGCCUGUAGCCUACAUGGGCACGAACUGUGAACUCCUGUACGAUGCUUGCACUGAACGUGGCUGUCCUGCCCACAUGACCUGCAGCCGGACUCCAGGGCUGCUGGAAUAUGACUGCGUGUGCCCAGCUGGCCCUGCAGGUGCUGCCUGUGGCAGCGUUGAUGAGUGCGAGAGCAGCCCUUGCCCAGACCCUCGGCUGGAGUGUGUGGAUAGCCCAGCUGGAUUCUCCUGUAGAUGCCCCGCUGGAGGAGGCUGCCGGGCAGGAAGCUCCGUGUGCUCCAGCCAGCCCUGCCUCAACAACGGCACGUGUGUGGCGGCUCCGGGCGGCUACCGCUGCCUCUGCCCGCCCGGCUUCGGCGGGGCCACCUGCGGGGACGACAUCGACGAGUGCGCCUCGGGGCCGUGCCGGAACGGGGCCAUCUGCAGGGACAGCGCGGGCGAGUACAGCUGCUUCUGUGUGCCCGGCUUCCAGGGCUCCCACUGCGAGAUCGACAUCGACGAGUGCGCGUCCCGGCCCUGCCGCAACCACGGCACCUGCCUCAACCACAUGGACCGCUACGAGUGCCAGUGCGCGCCCGGCUAUGCAGGUGUGAACUGUGAUACUGAAAUAGAUGAAUGUGCUUCAGACCCUUGCCAGAAUGGGGCGCUGUGCAAUGAUCACGUUGGGUUCUACACCUGCACCUGUGCACCAGGUUAUGAAGGAACCCAGUGUGAGGUGGACAUCAAUGAAUGUGAGAGCCAGCCAUGCCAGAGCAAUGGGACAUGCCAUGACCUCAUUGACAGCUACCAUUGUGACUGCAGUGACACCGGCUUCGAGGGGACCCACUGCGAGCUGGACAUCCUGGAGUGUGCCUCUGACCCCUGCCACAACAGUGCCACGUGCCUGGAGGGAAUCAAGGGCUACAGCUGUGCCUGCUGGCCAGGUUACACUGGGCAGCACUGUGAGGAGGAUGUGGAUGAGUGUGUGACAGAGCCCUGCCACAACGGCGGCCUGUGCCUGCAGCGCUCCAACCCAGCCCACUACGGGACACAGCCCCACUUCCCCAGCAACUUCAGCUACAGCCAGGCAGCUGGGUUCCUGUGCCAGUGCCAGCCAGGCUUUACAGGGGACACCUGCUUCACCAACAUUGAUGAGUGUGAGUCCCAGCCCUGCCAGAACGGAGGGCUCUGCCAGGACCUGGUGAAUGGCUUCCUGUGUCAGUGCCCACCUGGUUAUGCAGGUGUGGAAUGUGCUGUUAACAUCAAUGAGUGUGAGGAGGGUCCCUGCAAGAAUGGAGCUGUGUGUGAGGAUGGCAUUGCUGACUAUUCCUGCCACUGUGCCCCUGGCCAGGAUGGCAUUACGUGGGGAGGGAAGAACUGCUCUGUGCAGCUCACUGGGUGCCAGACUCACGACUGCCAGAACGAGGCCUUGUGCAUCCCAACGUACCGAGCCGAGAGCCACGGCCACCUGUGCCAGUGCCAGCCUGGAUUCUAUGAUGCCACGUGCUCCACACCAACAACGUUUUCCUUUGCUUCCAGAGGGUAUCUCCUCAUUGAGCUGCCCGAGGACAGUGAGAGCAGGAGGGGCACGGCAGGGGCCAGCGUGUCCCUCCGCUUCCGAACCACUCUGCCCAGCGCCGUCCUUUUUUACCGAGGCCGUGAAGCUGAGUACUUGUUCCUGGAGCUCCUGGAUGGCGUCCUGCACGCAGAGCUGAAGAGGGAGGGUGUUGGGUACCCGCUGCUCCUGAAGGGGCUCAGAGUGGACGAUGGCCAGUGGCACAAAGUGGAAGUUGUCGUGCACAGCACGGUGCAGCUGAAGCUCUGGCACGGCUCUUGUGAGGCCGGGCUCUGCCUGCAGAGCUCUCCUGUCCCACCCAGCACUGCUGUGAUCCCACAAGCCUUCCUGAAUCUGUAUAUUGGAGGUGCUGAGGGUCCAAUGGCCAACAACACAGGGAGCCAGCAAGGCUUUGUGGGCUGCCUGGAGGACCUGCAGGUGGACGCCGAGGCCGUGCUGCCGGCGGAUCUGCCCCUGGGGGAGCCGUCCCCCGCGAGGCCAGGCUGCGACCGCACCGAGUGGUGCCUGUCCCAGCCCUGCUUCCACGGGGGGCUCUGUGUGGACCUCUGGGCCACCUUCAGGUGUGACUGUGCCAGGCCCUAUGGAGGCCCAGCUUGCUCAUAUGAGCGCCCAGCAGCAACAUUUGGCCUAGAGAAUUCCACCAGCUUUGCCUCUUUUGCCCUUUCUGACAGCCUUGGGGCAGACUUCAACCUCUCAUUUUUCCUGCGGAGCCGGAAGCCCGAUGGUUUGUUACUGCAGGCCUGCAAUGGGACAGGCCCCUGCCUCACCCUGUACCUGAGGGACGGCCAGCUGAGCAUAGAGACGUCCCCUACGGACACUGUGACCUUUCCAGGGAAUGUGGUUGAUGGGAGAAGACGUUUGAUAGCCCUGUCCUUCCAGGGAGGCUCUGUUGGUGCUCUGCAGUCAGACACGCUGGUGGAGCUGGGGCAGCUGCCAGCACAAGCCCUGGGAGCUGGCUCUGAGCUGUUCAUUGGGGGGCACCCGAACCCCGACAGUGCUGAGCUCUGGGGGGGCUACUUCAAGGGCUGUUUGCAGGACAUCCAACUCAACAGCCACCAGAUAGAGUUUUUCCAGGUGGAGAACAACAGUGUGCCACAGGAACUCAAUAGGACUCAAACUGGAAACCUUGUGAAUGGCUGUAUCUCUGAUGACACCUGCCAGUCUGAGCCAUGUCAGAAUGGUGGCAGAUGCAUUGUCACUUGGAAUGAUUUCCAUUGCAGCUGUCCAGCAAAUUUCACUGGGAAAUUUUGUGAAGAGAAAGUCUGGUGUGAAAGUGACCCAUGUCCUGAAGGCACCACCUGCACAGACAUUGUGGCAGGAUAUGUGUGUCUGGCUAAUGCAACAUUCAAUAGUUAUGCUGCCAUUGAAUUUACCACCAACGCAUCAGUGACCAGAACUCUGAGCAGCCUCCACGUGGAAUUCAGAACCAGAGAUGAAGAUGCUGUUUUGCUUCGGGCUGUGGAAGAGGUGGAUUCCCUCCAGGUAGCCAUUAGGAAUUCCUCCCUGCUUGUUGACAUCAGGAGUGGGAACAGCAUCGAGGGUGUGAGCUUCGUGAGCCCGCAGGCGGUCACGGACGGGGCCUGGCACAGCGUGUCCGUGUCCAUGGAGGAGCCGGCCGCGCUCUCCUCGCGGUGGCUGCUCCGCUGGGACGGCUCGGUGAACGUGACCCUGCCGGGAAGCGCCGGCAACCUCGACUUCCUCAAGAACAACGCCUCGGUCGUUCUGGCCGAGAAUUUCACCGGCUGCCUGGGCCGGGUGCAGAUCGGGGGGCUCUUCCUGCCCUUCCCGCCCCAGCAGCCGUACCCGCAGGCCGAGCAGUUCCUGCGGGCCGGCCCGGGCAGCGUCCGCCUGGGCUGCUCCGGGGCCGACGUGUGCGCCUCCAGCCCCUGCCUCAACGGCGGCACCUGCCAGGACCUGUUCGACGCCUUCGGCUGCGGCUGCAGCGCGGGCUGGGCGGGGCCGCGCUGCGAGGCCAACAUCGACGACUGCCAGCCCAGCCCCUGCGUCCACGGGGACUGCGUGGACGCCGUGGCAGAUUUCCAGUGCGAGUGCUUCCGCGGCUUCAUCGGGAAGAGGUGCGACAUCAACGUGGACGACUGCGUGCGGCACCAGUGCCUGAACGGGGCCACCUGCGUGGACGGCGUGUACGGGUACUCCUGCAGGUGCCCCCCGCAGUACUCUGGACCUCGCUGCGAGUGGCCGUUCCCCCCUCAGCAGUGUGGCAAGAACUUCACCUGCUUGAAUGGUGGCAGGUGCAUCACCGAGAGCUGGGGAGCCAACUGCUCCUGCAGGCCUGGCUUCACUGGAAGGAACUGUCAAAUCAACAUAAACGAGUGUGAGCCGAACCCGUGCCAGAACGGGGGCACGUGCCAGGACUCGGAGAACAGAUACGAGUGCGUGUGCAGCGCCAGCUUCACCGGCGAGCGCUGCGACAUCAACAAAGGGACUCCAGGUGCUCUCUUCCCCUCCCCACUAAUUGAAGUAGCUGUCCCUGUAGCCUGUGGCUCUGUGCUGCUCCUCAGUAUUGCUCUCAUAUUCAUGGUUCUCACGGCAAGGAAGAGGCGCCAGUCCGAGGGGACGUACAGCCCGAGCCAGCAGGAGGUGGCAGGAGCUCGGCUAGAGAUGGACAGUGUCCUAAAGGUGCCACCCGAAGAGCGCCUAAUCUAGGCCCUGCCGUGCCCAGGACCUGCACCUGCAAGCUCUGCCUGCACCUGGAGCUCUUCCAGCCCUGGCAGCAGCAGAUGCAGCCCCUCCCCGUUCCCCUAAGGCCGCUCACCGAGAACGGACAUCGCGGCCGGCUGGGCUGGCGCUGCUGCACUCGGCGGCUCCGAGGGAGCCUCUGCCCCCCUGUGCCCUGCCCCGGGCUGCCAUCGCUCAUCUCAGCAGGAGCUGAAGUGGCUCUGGCUCCUGUCCCCUCCCAGGCAGGAGAGGCACAUUCAAUCUGCUUUCCAAGGCAGGGUGACCGAGGCACCUGUGCAGGUUCAGCUCCCUGAGUCCCACUCAGGAGCUGGGAAGGUCGAGGCUGGUUUGUGUAUUCUGCUCUGGUUUGUCAACAGCUGAAAAACAUUCAGAAUGUCUCAGCUCAGGUGUGUGAGGUUUUCAGAGUCUUCAACAGCAACAGCAGCUGUGACCUCCCUGUGACAGCCCUGUGUUGCAGGGAAUUGUCAGGAAUGAUCAAAAUCCUUGUAUCAAUCAGUACUGAAUGCCCUGGUGCUGUUAGACAUUCCCAUGGGUACUGUGCAGGGAAGGGACAGGCAGGACUCCGGGGGUUUGGGCCAGUGCUGGAGCUGCCACAUGCUGGACUUUGGGUGUGCAUGGAGGGACAGGGGAGCAGAAAGGUCACAGCCUCCUGUGCAUUCCCUGGGCUCCGCGGGACAGGGACAGCACAGCGCAGCUGAGGGAGCGCUGGGGGCUGACGGGUGUGAAGUGCAGCUGCGUCCUGGUGGAAGCUCUGAGUAACUGCCUGUUCUACCACAGCAGCGAGUGUGGGCGCACCUCAGCCACUCCUCGGUGGUGGGAGCAGUCGGGGCUGCGGGGGCUGCCCUGCUCCUCGCGCUGGCCGCAGCCACGGCG